CUCAUUUUUCCUACCUAAUAUAAUAUUGAAGUUAACUAUUAGUGCACUAUGUACGCCCAUAAGCUCGUUGGGGGUUUCUUAUUCCGGCAGGGAGAAGAUGAUGGUGAGCGUGAGUGUGCCAUCUAGGGAUUUUGCAGCAGGGGCUGAAGCAGAGGGACGCGAUGUACUACCUUACAGACAAAGCUGUGAGAACCAGUCAUUUUCACUCUUUUCUUUUUAUACUCAAUACGGCAGCAGGCCGAGCGUUGUUGUUGCUGCUGUCGUUGUGUUGGAUGACUUGUUAUGUACAUACCUUUCCCCCCCUGUGCAACCGUGACACCAUUGCACGGAGGAACCAAAAGUGGGUUAUGACAUUUUCAUCAUCCCAACAAACAGUGCACCAUCACCAUGACGGCUAGAUGGACUGCAAAUGCUAUGUGAGGCACAAACGGUGUCUAGAUCCACCCCUAUCAGUCAUUGCCUGUCGUCCUACUACUACAUAUUACGAGAAAACUGGUGUCCUUGGCAGCAACACAAGGUGCUGUAUAAGUUGCCAUAGUUACUCAUCGCACAAAGAAACCUAUCAAAUAUCCGUUAAUG